AUGGGAUUCCUAAUAACAACCCUAAUCUUCAUCGUCGUUGGGAUUAUUGCUUCUCUGUGCGUUCGAAUCUGCUUCGCUAGAGGUCCCUCCACAAAUCUGUAUGUUCCUUUGCCUUCCUCCUCUUUUGCUUCACUUCACCUUGGUCAUUACUGCCACGGUCUGCUGCUGGAUGAUGUGGGCGAUUGUAUACAUUGCACAGAUGAAUCCUCUGAUUGUCCCAAUCCUAAGCGAAGUAGAGUAGCAUCCUCUACUCACUCAGGGUUAGAGGAAAGUAUGCGCAAACGUUUCAAUUUAAAAGCGAAACGGCGUCGUUGGGGUGAAUAUGAGGAAGAGAAACGAAAAGGGACCACCACUCACUCUCUUUAA